AUUGUGAGGUGGAGGUUUCCAAAAUGUCAGGAACUGAGGACAAGUCACAAACUGCCUCUGGUAAGACAUUUCCACUCUCUUCCAAUGUUGAAGAAGCUUCAGGCAGCUGUGGGACCAAGUGUUCAGUUUGUAAUCAUCUCUACAGAGAUCCGAGGAUCUUACCCUGUCUUCACACACUGUGCCUGGAGUGUGUCAGGGGCUUGAAGCAGUUCUCUAUUCCCAGGGCUCAGAGGGAGGAUGAUCGUGGACCUGGUGUCUCAGUGGACCAUUGUGGACCUGAAGCUGUCAUCCUGUGCCCAGUCUGUGAUUGUGAAGUGGAUUUACCAGUUGCUGGAGUGGAAGCAUUGACCAGCAACCAGUUGAUUCUCAAUGAGGUCUUACUGGAACGCAUACAGAGAGCUGAUUCUGGGCUGGUCUGUGAUCUGUGUAAUGAUGGGGAUGCUGAAAGAAGAUGUGACAUGUGUUGUGUAAAUCUCUGUGACUUCUGUUCCAAAGCACACAGAAGGCAGAGAAAAACUGCUUCCCAUGUUACAGUGGCCCUGAGGGAUCUGAAAUGUGGCAAGGGAAGGAUUUCUAAGCCCGUGCUUUGCCCAUUUCACCCAGCAGAGGAACUACGGCUGUUUUGCGAGACGUGCGAUCGUCUGGUGUGCCGGGAUUGUUGUAUGGUGGAACAUCGUGACCACCGCUGUGAUUUCAUUGCUAACGUUAUCAACAAGCAUGGCGAUUUUAUUCGAGAGUUGCUCAAACAAACACAACCGCACGUCAGGCAACUGCAGGAGACGUUACGUGACAUCGGCAGAGCCAAGCUGCAAGUGCGAGAGCGGACCAAAGUAAUAGCCGAAGAAAUUAAAACGUUCACAGAGUAUUACAUCAAGGCUUUGGAGGCGCAUCAAGGUAGACUUUUGAAAGAGUUGGAAGAGCUGAAAAUUCACAAGGAGAAUUCCCUGCAUUUGCAGCAGAUCCAGUUGGAGCAGAUGUUCUCGGAUGUGAAGACUGGUGUGGAUUUCACAGAGCACCUGCUGACCAGUGGCUCCCACGUGGAGAUCCUACUGACCAAGCAUGUGGUGGUGAAACGGCUGAAGCAGCUACACCAGAUCAGUUACAGUACUCGCCCAGGAGAGGACGAUGCAAUACGAUUCGAACCUCAGGAGAGGGCAGCACAGUGCAACGGGCUUGAAGUGUUUGGAGUUAUUGUCACAAAGGCAGUUGAUCCAAACAAGUGUGUUCUUCAGGGGGAAGGCCUCCAUGUUGGCCGACAAGACAGGCUGACUGCGUUCACACUGGUCUGUAAUGAUCAAUCAGGACAGCAGAUGGGCAGAGGAGGAGAAUCUGUUCGGGUUAGCAUCUUCAACAAGAGCAGCAAAGACCGUGUUGUCAAGCCAACGGUGGAAGAUAAUCAUGAUGGGACUUACUGCAUCACUUACACUCCCCAGGAGCCAGGACCACACACGGUGUGGGUCCAUGUAAAAGGGCAGCAUGUGGAGGGAUCUCCAUUCAACCUGACAGUAAAAAGUAAAUUCCGUAAGCACACUGGGGCCUUUCACUGCUGCACAUUCUGUUCCAGCGGUGGGCAAAAGGAUGUUCGUUGUGGCUGUGGGGGCACAAUGUUAGGUGGGUAUCAAGGCUGCGGACAUGGUCACAAAGGUCACCCUGGACGGCCACACUGGUCCUGCUGCGGGAAGCUGUCUGAAAAUUCAGAAUGUGCUGGACCCGUAAAUGGCAGUUUAUACCGUAGCCUGGUCACGACUGUGGCUCUCUAACAAUUUGAAAAAGCUGCGGGUGGCGUGGUGGGGGGAAGUAACUGCAAGCCUCACAUUGUUUCUGAAAAGUCAGCCUUGCUGCAAAAUGGUAAUUGUAAUUUGCAGUAACUGGUUGUUCAGUCAGCGUGGAUAGUGGAACUUUACACAGGCUGAUGCUGUUGUGAACUUCCUUUUAAUUAUAUGACAUUGGAAUUGGAGAAGCCGGAAAAUUUCUUGAGUCGGUCAAUGCUGAUUAUUUUGAGAACGUGUUCCAAGGGACUCUUUGUACUGGGAGGUGAAGAAAAAGAACAGGAGGAUUGUAUCCUGCUCUACUUCUGUGACUUUUCCUCCCUUAUCUCCUCCCUCAAUCUCUCCCUCCGCAUCCACUCCGCCACCCACGUCCCCGGUCACCCCCUCGACCUGAUGAUCGCUCGGGGCCUCACCGUCUCGGAC